AAGACAUAUUCCAACCACUUUAACCACGUUAUGAGUACUGUAUGGGUUAGAGGACCCGCUUGUGGCGUAGAUAACUGCCGGUCCAGACUCUGGCGGUCUUCAGAUGGUCACAAAAUCUGCCAGUAUGGACACGUGCGGGAUGGUGCGGUCGAGUACAAUGAUGAUGACGACGAGUUCGUGCAAACGCGCCGAUUGAACAUCCAUAACGCAAAACAUGCCGCCAGGUUAACGCAGAUCUCACAGCUCAACGCAUUGAAGGAGGCUAAAAAGAAAAAGUUCUUCGGUAUGCGUGGCAAAGAAUUGUUCCUUCGAUGCUUCCAGAUCGUCCUCAAGCGGCAAGUGCAGUGGUUGGUACGCGAGAAGGCCCUUCCUCAGGCAUUGGAACCCACAGUGAAGCAGAUAUGGUGUGAAUAUUUGGGCUCAUUUAUGGUCUCUCAACCUGGUACCGAGACUGAUGAGACGGAAAGUCUGUCAACAGAGGAGCCUGAAGCCGACCUCAAGUCGCUCCCAAAGUUCCUGCAUACCCUUGUGAUCUGCUACUUGGCGUGUGUCCGACUCAAGGUUCCGGUCUAUCUCAACGAUUUUAUCAUGUGGGCAUCCAGUAACAAGAUCCCGUACAUGAAGAUCAUCGACGAUGGAACCAUCAUCCCACGGUCUCUCAUGCAAAACCUUCCCCAGUACUACAUGAAGCUCUUUUCUCCCGCAAAACCGCCCUUAAAAGGCGAAUUGUACUUUCACACCCACAAAAUCCUCGCAUGUCUAAAGGAUAAGUCGGCGCACCCGAUCCAGCCCUUGCUCUUCAAGUUGGUAUACACGCUAGUGCUCCCUCCACAGAUCUAUCUUAUGACCGAAACGUACCUACAAAAGUCGGUGUGCGUAGAGUCAGAGUACAAACUAGCGCACUCCCCGGAGCUUAAGGUAGCAAGUGCCUUGAUCACAUGUACCAAGUUGUAUUUUCUCAACCUUAACGAAGGGAGUCGAGGCCGAAAGGUGUCGUUCCAUACCUGGGAGCGGGUGUACAGUGCAUUGAUGCGGAGCAUCAAUAACAACCUUUCCAACAACGACUUGUACUUUGACACGCUCCUCAACACCUUGCUCGUAAAGAACAACCGGUGUAACCAUGACAUUCUAGAAAUGAGUGACCGCAACACUGAGCAGUACUUGGAGUGGUUUACAAACAAUAUCAUUGAUACGGAUGAGACCAGGCCCGAAAAGGAAAUGCGCGAGAUCUCCAUCGUGCAGAAACGACUUCUUGACAUCUUCAAACUUACGCCCCUCUCUGAAGCGAAGGCGCGUGGUAACACCGAUAAGCCAGAGGCCCAAGACAUUGCAGACAUUUACACUGCAUACAAUACCAUGUUUGCCGAAAUCAAGGCAGUCCUGCCCGGUGCAGCAAAGAGGCCCAGGCUAGCGAUGACAAUAGAAACCACAAAGAAGUUGGAGGAGCUCUUGGUGGAUAUCUUGUCCAUCCGAAUGGGGGUCACCAGACCGCAGCUCCAGGCGUGUGUGAAAUGGAGCGACGGGUUCCUCCAGUAGAUUACCGAAAAAUCACCACAUGAGGUGUUCUCGCGAAGUAAGCGAGGCACAUGGAAACAUAUAUUCUGGUAAUUAAUUAAACUUCAAAACGAAAUAAAAUAUACCUAGACUCUUUUUUAACGUCGAUGUAUUGC